AUGGGUAACAUUGGUAGUAGCGGUUCCAAUACCCGGAGAAGGCACGGUAGCCGCCGGGGCGGCCAUCCGACUCCGCCUCCACCAGCCCCACCGCAGCCCGAAAUCACAAGUAAUCGGUACGUUUUCGCUGCCGCUACUCCUUACCCAUCUCAAUACCCCAACCAUCCGAAUCACCCACCGCCGUAUUACCAGUACCCUGGUUACUUUCCGCCGCCGCCGCCUGGUCCGCCGCCGUCGAUGCCGAUGUCUUUGCCGCCUCCUUACGAUCACCACCACCGUGGAGCCCAUCCCCACAUGGAUCCCGCGCAUUGGGUCGGUGGGAGGUACCCUUAUGGCCCUUCUAUGCCGCCUCAAACGCCGUAUGUUGAGCAUCAGAAGGCGGUUACCAUACGAAACGAUGUCAAUCUCAAGAAGGAAACUCUAAGGGUCGAGCCUGAUGAAGAAAACCCCGGCCAAUUCCUUGUAGCAUUCACGUUCGAUGCCACCGUCGCCGGAAGUAUCACCAUCUUCUUCUUUGCAAAAGAAGGUGAAGAUUGCAACUUGACUCCCGUAAAAGAAGACAUUCUUCAACCAGUAACUGUCCAUUUCGAACAAGGCCUUGGACAGAAGUUCAGACAACCUUCUGGAACAGGAAUAGAUUUCUCAAAGUUUGAAGAGUCAGAAUUUCUGAAAGUAAAUGACACGGAUGUCUAUCCAUUAGCAGUGAAAGCUGAAGCCUCCACCGACAGCCAAACUGGACCAGAUGGUACCUUGGUACCUGAGCCCAUGAAUGCUCAGAUAACCCAGGCUGUGUUUGAGAAAGAUAAAGGUGAAUAUCAGGCAAGAGUGUUGAAACAAAUCCUGUGGGUCAAUGGUAUGAGAUAUGAGCUGCAGGAGAUAUAUGGCAUUGGCAAUUCAGUCGAGGGCGAGGUCGAUGGAAAUGACCCUGGAAAGGAAUGCGUCAUUUGCUUGUCGGAACCACGGGACACGACUUGCAUGUGUAGUGGUUGUGCUAAGGUAUUGAGGUUCCAGACGAAUCGAUGCCCGAUUUGCAGACAACCAGUCGAUAGGCUCUUAGAGAUAAGGGUCAGCAAUGGGCCAGAAGAAUAA